AUGACUGAAAAAAUCUAUGUUCCGGUUGAUCCUUUAUCAAAUAAACCUGUUGAAUUGUGGCGAAGGUAUCUAAGGCAAGGCCGCGUUUGUGAACCAGCUAAAACGCUCAGAUUGAACACACCUGUGUAUGAGGAUAAGAUUCGUUUCGUUUGCAUAUCAGAUACACACGAAAAACUCGAAGAGGUUCUACCAAUCAUCCCAGACGGUGAUGUGCUCAUUCAUGCGGGUGAUUUCACUGAUCAUGGUGAUAUCGGCGAGGUGAUCAAGUUCAACGCUGAAAUAGGAAGAUUACCGCAUAAGUAUAAGUUGGUUAUUGCUGGAAAUCACGAGAUUGGUUUCGAAGAUGGUGAAGAGAUGAAUGACAGGCAGUUGGCUGGCUUGAGUAUGCUUGGCAUUAAUAAGGCCUAUGAGAUGCUCAGCAACUGUAUCUAUUUAUGUGAUCGACAGAUUGAGUUAUUUGGACUGAAAAUCUACGGCACACCGUGGCAUUCCAUGCCUGGCUAUUCGUUCUAUCGUUCGCGCGGCCAAUCGAUCAUGAACAAGUGGAACAUGAUCCCGUCGGAUGUUGAUGUUCUUAUUACGCAUACACCGCCGCUAGGUAAAAAACAUUUUGUCUGCUCAGAGAUCCGCUUGACCGCUAUUUCAGAGUUCAUUCAGUUGUUUGCAAUUGGUUGGAUGAAUGGUUUUGAGACAGAGAUUUUUCACUUUUCCCGAAUUCACUUUUCAUAA